CUGUAUACUCCAAUUUGGCUUGCCAAGCUUUAGGCUCACCGCCUGGAGAUUGCCGAGCAUCACAAUCCAUACGGACGAAUCAAGAGAGCGGAACGAGCACAUCCUGCCUCAAAUGGACGCGGCCCUACUAUUUGCCCGGAUUCUAGUGAUGCAAAGGACUGGCCCUACCACUCCUGUCCACGCCGUUUUAGCUGCGACUUGGCCCCGCUUAUCACUUAUCAGUACUGUAAACUAAUUAAUUCCUGCCACCGCCCCUGCGUAAACGCAGUUGGUCGGCAAAAACCAGUGACCUUCCUUGGUCUCAGCCGAGGCCUCGUUCUUUUCUUCUCUUUAUAUUUCUGUCUCCGAUGAAGGAUUUGGAGUCCUGGUGACCGAGUCAAGGCCAGGACUCACUUUCAACUCGGCGCAAUUCAUCAUCAUGUCGGAGUCGAGUCCCCUUCUCCGCCAGGGCUCGGAGGGACACCGCUCUCUCCAGAACCGCAUCAUCGACAUCCUUCGCACUCCCGGCAGCCGAAGGGCUUCUCCAGGGCCCGAUUCCCGUGACGGUGGACGAGGAUUGGGAAUCACCAUGACGAGCGAGCCUGACGCAAGGGCCCGUCUGUUAGAGUCCUAUCACCAGGCAGACCCGAUAUGCGGUGAACGGCGCUGUAGCCAUGGGACCUUCUCGCCACGGCCAGAAGGAGCAGACAGACAGGACUACCCGGUGCCCUCCAGUGUUCCUUUUGGAUACAAUGGCGAUGGAGAAACGGAGGCUACGCCUAGUCACUCUCAGGGUGGAGACGACCAGCCAGGAUCACGGCCCGAUUCCGAGUACACGUCGCAAAUGAAGUCGUCCUUGUCCGCUCUCUCUAUGAACGAAGAUAAGAAAUUGUACAUAUCAUAUUACAUCCCAUUCUUCAACUGGAUCAGCCAAUAUCGAUGGUCAUUCCUUCGCGGGGACCUGAUCGCUGCACUGACUAUCUCGUCCAUCUACAUUCCCAUGGCCUUGUCGCUCGCCUCCAAUCUCGCUCAUGCGCCCCCCGUCAACGGACUCUAUUCUUUCGUGAUUCAUCCCUUCGUCUAUGCGAUCCUGGGAAGCUGCCCGCUACUAGUGGUCGGGCCAGAGGCGGCCGGGUCAUUACUGACGGGUGCUAUUGUCAAGGCCAGCUUGCCGAGCAGUAGCCCCAAAGAUGAUGAUCUCAUGGAAAGUGCCAUCAUCAUUGGAAUAUCCACUGCCAUGGCUGGAGCCAUGAUCCUGGUUGCAGGAAUCACUCGACUAGGAUUCCUGGAUAACGUACUGAGCCGACCUUUCCUCCGAGGUUUCAUUACGGCUAUUGGCUUUGUCAUUUUCGUGGACCAGUUGAUCCCGGAGCUGGGCCUUGCAGGGCUAGCCAAGGAGGGCGGGGCCAGUCACGGCACCACUGUUGAAAAGCUGACAUUCAUCAUUCGCAAUGCCGGGAGUAGCCAUGGACUCACGGCGACAGUCUCACUCGUCAGCUUUUCAAUUAUUAUGUUCUUCCGAACGCUGAAGAAGUGGAUGAUGCCUCGCUUCCCUCAAGUGAUAUAUUUCCCAGACCGUUUCAUCGUCGUCGUUCUAUCAGCAGUCCUAGCCUAUAAUUUGAGCUGGGAGGACAAGGGACUGGAAUUACUCGGACACACUGAGAUCAGCUCCAGCCAACUGUUUGCCUUCAAUUGGCCAUUCCGAUUCGACCGCAUGAACCAUAUCCGUACCGCAAUGAGCAAGGCGUUUAUCAUCACCCUCCUGGGCUUCUUCGAGUCCUCCGUCGCAGCAAAGGGGCUAGGUGAUAGCAAGCCCGAUGGCAUCCAGGGCAUGCACAUGAGUGCAAAUCGGGAGAUGGUAGCACUGGGCGUGGCCAAUCUGCUCGGUGGUUGCUUCAUGUCUCUUCCGGCAUUUGGUGGAUAUGGUCGCAGCAAGGUCAACGCUCAAACUGGUGCACGUUCUCCAAUGAGCAGUAUUUUCCUUAGCCUGAUCACCCUCGUCGCCAUUCUGGUGCUCCUACCAUACCUCUAUUACCUUCCUAAAGCCGUCCUCUCCUCCAUGAUCUCCGUCGUCGCCUACACCCUCGUCGAAGAAUGCCCCCACGACAUAAUCUUCUUCCUCCGUCUCCGCGGUUGGACCGAACUAGUCCUCAUGCUCCUCAUCUUCACCUCCACAAUUUUCUACUCUUUAGAACUCGGCAUGGCUUUGGGUAUCGGCCUUUCCGUGAUAAUCCUCAUCCGCCACGCCACACAACCUCGAAUCCAAAUCCUCGGCAAAGUUCCCGGCACGCACACCCGGUUCGAGAAUGCCGAACUCCAGCGGGAGAACGUGGAACUUAUCGAGGGCGCACUUAUCGUUAAGAUUCCCGAGCCGCUUACCUUUGCCAAUACGGGCGAUCUAAAGAAUCGUCUUCGGCGGUUGGAGCUUUACGGCUCGAGUCGGACGCACCCGUCUCGUCCUCGUAUGCGUCCUGCGGAGCACAACAAGAACAUUAUAUUUGAUGUGCACGGCGUGACGAGCAUCGAUGGUUCCGGAACGCAGGUGCUUUCCGAGAUCGUGCGUGCCUACGCAGAAGACGGGGUGAGAGUCUUCUUCUGCCGUGUGCCCAACUCCAACGUCUUCCGUAUGUUCGAGCUAAGUGGAAUUGUCGAGCAAUGUGGUGGUCUGACCCAUUUCGUGCCUCAUGUUGAUGAGGCGCUACGGUUGGCUGAAACCGAGGAACAGACUGAAAUCUAGUCUGUCCUCGCAUUGUAUAUAUGACUUGUAGAGGUUGAUUGUUUACUUGCCUUUUUGAAUAGGCGAUUUUUUACAAUGUUUCUUGUACAUCACGAGAUCAUCUUGUCAUCUUUGGUUGCUGUUACUGAGCAUGUUCAUUUCGAGCGAACAAAACGUGAUUUGAUUGAGCGAUUCUGUUCGGCUAUUUUGCCUUUGGUAUUAUUCUGUUCUCAAUCUGGUCCAGUUGCAUGAUCUGUUCGUUUUUUGGGCCAUCUUGUAAACAGAUCGACUCAUAGCACUUAUUUCGUGAGUGCUAAUAGACAUUGCAAGGCUUGUGUUGUGCAGCCAGACCCAUUUCUCCCGUAUAGUCCACUCUCGGCUGAGAGGCCUUUGGGUAGUGAUAGUCCGAAAGAGUCACCUCGACUUCAUGGUCUCAGUAAAUCCCCACAGGUAGCUUUGAGCGUGGAGGGCUGCAGCCGUAGCAAGAUAUUGUCGGCGAACGCCGCGCUACCAUUGGCGCGUUGUAGCAUCUCAUUUGACAAGGUGCGUCCAAGUUGAGUCAUGUGUUGACAAGCUCGUCAAAAACUGAAAUCUCAUCUUCCAAUCCUGACCGAAGACUCUUCAUGUGGUCACUUGCUCACCAGCGAAACUUUUCCGAAUAACAGCACGAAGCAAUCUCUCAUUUGCCCGCAAAGAAGAGAUAUUCUGAUCUCCCCUAUCCCCGUCCUCAUCCGUGUUCUCACCAGCUCGCUUCGCAUCCACGAUGAGCUUUAAACGGCCAUCGCUGGAUAUUACAAACGCAGCACAUGCAACCUUUGACAACCGCACAUGCUGCCUGGCGACGCCGUUGUGAUGCGAACCAUCCAGAUCCAAUUUCAUUGCCAGGUGGGUCUCCAGGUAAGACGUGACAUUCUCGACCAAAGGAAUUCUUGCCUUCCCCUGUACAGCCUUUCCUUUCGAGUUUGCCGCAUCCUGAUCAAGAAAAGAAACCAGCGAGGCACGAGGAACACCGACAUUGAUAUUCCGCAACGCCGGCGCGAUAGACGACGAGAAUGAUAGCGUAAGCUGUAACUCCUUGAUCACAUCUUCAACUUCCGAGCCCGGCACAAUACUAACGAAGUUCUCAAGCGUUUCACAUAAGAACCGCGAAGAAAGGCCGAGCGUUGAACAGUACGUGUCGAAAUUGGAGUACAUGAAAUUGAUGAAUGUUUGGCGCAGUGCGAUGGGGAAUUUAGUCAACAGUAGCGGCAGAGCCGUAACCCCUUUCCGUGGUUGAGUGGUCGAGUCGGUAUCAGCCAGCAACGCGGCUUUGUAUGUGGCAUUCUCGUAUUCGAGGGUUACCAGAAUCCCCGGGAAUGAGGCCUUGGGAGGUACGCCACGCUGCUGCGAUGGCCCCGCCGCGAAGAACUCCCACCGGCAGUCUUUGAGUUCUCCUGAUUUUGAAAGGGUGUCGCUUUCUGAUGCAUUGAUGGUAGAUUGAAAGCCUGCGAGGACAUCGCCCGUGAGUUGGUCGCGUAAUCGCGUAGCGUAUGUUUUCAAGGCGGCUUCGUUGUUGAGGAGGGUUUCGAAGUCUUUGCCAUGGUGGAGGGGGGAGACACGGUGGACUGUCCAUGAGGUAUUGAACAAUUGCCACCGUGAAGCUUGCUCCAUUGUUAAAAAUGAUUUGUCAAGAUAUUGAAUCCUUGCCUUUUGAAUGUCAUUAUCGCGGUUGAUAAUCG